ACCGGUGGUGAUUUCGAUAAUACAGUGGACCUUCCAAUAGCAGCAACCAUGGAUAACAUGAAAAUGGUGUUGGACGCGACGAUAACCGAACUUUGGGCAAAUAAUGAACGAAAAUUCACGCUGUCAGACUCUGAACUUCCAUAUUUCUUCUAUUGGUGGGCGAGACGUGAUGGAACUGUACGUCGAAUGGUAUACCAACUUCUUCGGCAAGGACGUCUCACAAUUGUUGGAGGUGGCUGGGGCAUGAACGAAGGAUCAACAACCAGUUACCAAUCUAUUAUAGACAGCUAUACCUACUCUUUAAGAAAAUUAAAUAGAACCUUCUUAUCUUGUGCGAAACCACUCGUGGCGUGGCAAUCAGACGUGUUCGGCCAUUCCCGUGAGUACGCGUCUCUUAUGGCUCAGAUGGGUUUCGAUGGUCUCUUUGUCAAUCCCAUUAGCUUUGAUGAUGAACUGGUUAGGAUGGACAGGAAUGCUUUGGAGUUUCUGUGGAGAGGGAGUGACGACCUAGGUAUGGAAACAGAUAUAUAUACAAACAAACUAUUCGAUGGGUAUUGGUCCCCUCCAGGCUUCUGUUUCAGCAUCUCCUGCUUUGACCCACUGCUAGUUACCAGCGAGAAAACCUUCACCAAUAUUGAAGAACGAGUAAACUUAUUCAUAUCACUAAUGAAAUUCCGCCAAGCGCCAUACUACAAAACGAAACAUAUUCUGGUGAUGAUGGGAAGUCGAAAUGGGUAUUACUCAGCCAGAACAUGGUUCAGAAAUAUCGAGGCUUUGAUUGCCGCUGCGAACGAAAAGACGUACGCGGAUAGAACACAAGUUUACUUACAUUAUUCAUCACCUCAUUGUUAUUUAAAGGCUGUACAUGAUGAUCGGCCAACUUUAGAAAUGAAACAAGACGACUUUCUUCCGUACGCUUAUGACAAAAGUGCAUAUUUAACUGGAUUUUAUACAUCACGACCAGAUUUAAAGUAUUUUAUUAGAGUUGGUAAUGUAUUCUUACAAAUGUCAAAACAAUUGCAAGUACUUGCUAAAUUAGGAUUUGACAAUGUUUUAGAGGACUUUAUGUGGAUCAUGGGUGUAGUUCAAGACCACAAUAUAAUCUCGGGUGCACUACGGGAUCACGCUAAAAGUUAUUACAUUAAGAAGUUAGAUGUAGCAAUACAAAGAGCUAUGGCGUUGAUUGAAAGCGGGAUUAACAAACUUCGAAAAAGCCCAGUUUCUCUAAAAUACCAUCGCUGUGAGUUCAACUCGUCGACAUGUGCUAUCACGCAAUCGCCCUCAUUUCAUAUUAUAAUAUAUAACUCAUUAGCGUGGCGCGUGUCUUCUCCCGUAAGAAUACCAGUAGAGAAAGCUAAAUAUGUCGUGUUUGAGCCAAACGGUAAUGUAAUAAAUGCCUCACUUCUACCAAUAUCUACCCAUGUACUGAAAAUUCCUACUCGAAGUACGAAAUCAGAACACGAACUAGUCUUCAUUGCGACCGAUAUACCACCUCUGGGUUUUAAAUCGUACUUCUUUAAAAAAAUAAUAAAAGAAAAGCGAUCAAUAAUAAAAAAAUUAAGCCCACAUCCUCAAAAGAAGUAUUAUAUACGCCAAGCACCAGACGUUUAUAAUAAAACAUAUUUUGAAGAAAUGUCAAAUUAUGAUGAAGUUGAUGACUUAGAUAAAGUAUAUUCGUCGAAAUUUGAUUAUAACAAUAAUAGAGAAUAUAUAGAAAACAACGUAGAUUAUGCAGAAUCAAAUGAAAAUAAAAAGGAAGAUAAUUACGCGUCUAUUAAUAGUUAUUUAGCUGAUAACAGAGGUGUUGUAACGCCGCUGUCUGAUCAGAUCCCAAAAAGAACAGAACCUUACGAAUUGUUGUUUACGGAAGAGACUACAUUUGGAAAACCGAUUUAUUUUUUACCUGUAACCGAUAAAUAUGUAGAAAUUACCCGGACGACGCCAGUUGUUAAUGCUUUCAUUAAUGAAGAUGAAUCAAAUACAGAAGAACCGUCAUUUCGACAAGAUCCAACAGAUUUUAUUGAAUCACCAAUAGAUGUAAGUGAAACAACGCCAUCUUCUUCAGAAGCAUACGAAUCUGUAACAACAACGAUACUGACAUCAGAAACGACACAGGCGACAGAAAUAAUACCAUCAACAGAAACUAUACAAGCCUCUGAAAGAAGUACGACUGAAGAAAUUACAUCCACAGAUGGAAUUUCAACAGAAACAUCAACAUCAACAGAAGUCACAGAAACUUCAGAAGUACCAACAACAACCAAAUUAACGACUGAAGAAAUUUCAACCGAACAGACUUCAGAAACAAGCCCAACCGAACAGACUUCAGAAACAAGUUCAACCGAACAGACGUCAGAAAUAAGUUCUACAGAAGAGACACAGAUUUCAGAGACAAGUUCAACGGAAAUGACAGAGCUCUCAAAAAGUUCGACAUCCACAGAAUCGAAUUCAGAAAGUUCAACGGCAUCAAUGCAAAAUGUGAUAGCAAUUCACGUUACUCGAACAACACAUAGAUCUUUUACAACAGACGACACACAUUUAUUAGAAGAAGAUUCGAUUAGUAUAAAACCUGAAGUAUUUUCAAAAGAUGUAACUCGUACAACAAAAGCAACACUAAGGUCUUAUUCGACAGAAUUAGCAAUACAAGCAAUAGCAACAACAGAAACGGCAACACAUGAAACUUCAACACUAGAAAUAACGUCAGACGUAGUGACAACAAUAAAAGACAUUGCAAAAGAAACUGAGAUUUUAGAGAAAGCUAAAAUUGGUUACACUGAGAAACCAAACAUAGAACAAACACCAAAAUAUAGAGUUUAUGAUAUAAAAGAUGAAUCAUAUUAUGCAGUGCUUUCUAAAGAUACAUUUAUAGAGAAUAAGUACAUAAAAAUAAAUUUGGAUCAAGACAAAAUAUCAUCGAUUAAUCUAUCAAAUAACAUUAGCACCUCACUAGACAUACAAUUUUUCUACUACAUAUCGGAUGAUCCAGAUAAACUCAACAAACUAAACGAGACAUUAAGCCCUGGAGUGUAUAUAUUUAGACCCAUGGACCCUAAUCCAGUACCAAUAAUAGAUUAUUUAGACACAAAAGUAUAUAAAACAAAUAUAGUACAAGAAAUACAUACUGGGUACGCUGAUUAUGCAUCUGUGGUUAUAAAACUAUAUGUCAAUAGUCCAUUUAUAGAAUUAGAUUGGACUAUUGGACCAUUACCCGAAGACGAUUAUGGGAAGGAAGUUUUUAUAAGAUAUUCCACAGGGUUAAAUAACGAUGGAGUGUUUUAUACCGAUUCGAACGGACGGCAAACGGUUAAAAGAAUUAAGAAUAGACGAGCUACGUAUGAACCAUAUAAUAUUGAUGAAAUAGCUGCAAAAAACUUCAAUGGAUUUAUCCAAAACCAGUAUAACUGGUCUGGCUCAGAUUUUUGUAACUGUUUCGUGAUAUUUUAUUCUAAUAAGCAAGUUAUCAGCCUUGUGCCUGACACACGCCGUCGACUUUUUGGAUCUAAGGCAGCAUGCAUGCAGUAUGUUUUAGUCACCUUUUUUCCUUAAUCAUAAUCAACGAACGAAUCGCACGAAAUCGACUUACGACCUAAAGGAAGAAAGUCACAAGCUGAUGCCACAUAUACACUGCUUAUUAAGAAUUAAAAGAUUAUAGACUGUGCUUAAUCUAUGUGCUGUCACAGUUUUGAUGGGUUUUCACUCUGGAGUGUAAAAUAUAUUUCACAUGUUCAAACGCACCAUAAUUGCUCAAUCGUCUGAGUUUUACACAGUAUGCGUUUAAUUUUGAAACGAAAGUUAAAAUUUCAGGUAACUUUUAUCCAGUCACAUCAAAAAUUUAUAUAGAAGAUACAGAGAAAGACAUUCGUUUCGCAGUUUUCAACGAUAGAUCACAAGGCGGAUCUUCCUUAAUACCAGGAACCAUAGAUCUUAUGAUCCACCGUCGAA